AUGAAUCGGUUAGGAGCCACUGUGCUUCUAGCUAUGAUUCUAGCCAUGGCUCCUUCCACCAUGGCCGAAGUCGGCGAAUGCAUGUACGGCGAUGACCAGUGCAGUUGCAAGAUGGGAAGCGGUGAAUCGGGCGUCUGCCUUGAUCUCAUUUCUGGAAGUGACAAUGAUGGUAUGUGCAAAUCGAGAUAUUGUAAAUCUGGGUGGACGUGCGCAUGUCAAGGGCGCACAGAUUUGUGCAAUAUGACUGAAAUUCGAGCUCGCAUUCCCGGCGGCACAUCGGGCAGCGACCCCAUCAGACAGGCGGUCGGCGAAAUGAUCCCCUGUCACGAGGAAACUAGAAUGAGUGCUGCAAGUAGGGGUAAACUCAUUCUUGGCUCGUUUCUACCUAAAUAUUCUCGAAAGGGGCUGCUCAAUGGCAAUUGCAAGCACUUGGCCUGGUGGGUUGAUGGGAAAAUGAUUCAGAGUUAUGGAAAUGAACAAGUAUCUGCGGACAACGUUGACGAAAUUUUGAACGCCAGGGCAAAUAAUACCCUGUUUCCCUUGAGGCCCGGAAGUGUCAUCGCAUUUCGGUUUAAAAAUGCAAGUUACCAUUGCUUCAACUCUUUCGCCACUGUCCUCGUAAAUGGUACAGAGCUAGACACCAAUAACCCAACCGUCAAAGUCCGGUUCAGCAGGGCUCACAAAUCGAACUGGUUUGCUCCCGACGCCAACAUAGUGUACGCUGAGGAUGAAAGCACCGCGGCAGUGACGGAUUUCGUACCCAUGAGACGAAAGAUGUUGUUUGAUGGGUCGGAUAUAGCGAAUGGGAAGGAUAAUUGGAAGCCGCCUGAUGGCUCAGAAGAUCACAAGAGGAGCAAUUUCUAUUUCCGGUUUGAAGUGUAG